AUGCUCCCGGAGGGCGUGGAGCCUACGAGGCUGGAAGUGAUGAGGGUCUUGCGCAGCUCGUUUUUCCGCAAUGCCAACGACGAGCUCAGCCAUACCAUCAACACCAAUGCUGUGGGGCUGAUGUUGGCGCAUAGUUUUGGCUUCGAGUACCGGGGCGAGGGCAUUGAGGCGUUUUUAUCUGGUCUUAGAGACUUGGCAAAGAAGGACGAGAAAAAAUGA